GCCGUUGGAGCGUUUAGCCUCGGGAAUCAAUGGCUGAGCACUAUCUACGUAUUAAUUCGACACCCUCCUCGGCUCAUGGGGUAGCUUGGGUAGCUUCAGCACCUGCUGUACUAGAGUGUCCAUUCCCCUCCCCCCAACUUUGAUACCCUCACACAAUCUCUCCAUUCCCCUCCAAGAAGAUCAAGACACCAUGUCGGCCGUCAAUCGUGCUCUGUCGAGAUCACUACGCCUCCAGAACGCUAAUUACGCGGCAUCUCGUCAGGCUGUACGGUCAGUCUCGCUUCUGGGCAGUGGAGCAUCGUCAUCAUCAUCACCGACCUCGGGAUUCAGCGCCGCCCCUCGAAGCCUCUCCCGAACAACAACAUCCCGCUUCCACACCAUGGCUUCUCUGCAGUCCGCCGCCGCCACUACUCCCAAGCCCUCUGAGGGCGUGGGCUAUGAUCCAGAGAUCAAGGACAUCGCCAAUUACAUCCACAGUUACUCGGUCGACUCUGACCUCGCCUUCGACACGGCCCGCUUCGUCUUCCUCGACACCAUCGGCUGUGGCCUCGAGGGCCUGCGCUUCAAGGAGUGCACCAAGCUGCUGGGCCCUAUCGUGCCCGGCACCGUCGUGCCCAAUGGCACCAAGGUCUUUGGCACCCCCUUCCAGCUCGACCCCGUCAAUGGCGCCUUCAACAUCGGCGCCAUGAUCCGCUGGCUGGACUACAACGACUGCUGGCUCGCCGCCGAGUGGGGCCACCCUUCUGACAACCUGGGCGCCAUCCUGGCUGUCGCCGACUGGGUGAAUCGGACCAACAAGGCCGGCGGGAACCUCGCAGGCGGCAAGAUCUUCACGGUGCGGGAUGUGUUGGAGGGCAUGAUCAAGGCCCACGAGAUCCAGGGGUGUCUGGCCCUGGAGAACUCGUUCAACAAGGUCGGUCUGGACCACGUCGUGCUGGUCAAGGUCGCCAGCACCGCCGUCGUCUCCGGCAUGCUGGGCCUGAGCGAGAAGCAGACCGCCGACGCCAUCACCCAGGCCUGGGUCGACGGUCAGUCCCUGCGCACCUACCGCCACUCGCCCAACACCAUGUCGCGCAAGUCGUGGGCUGCCGGCGAUGCCUGCCAGCGCGCCGUCAACCUCGUGCUCAAGGUCAUCAAGGGCGAGUCGGGCGUGCCCACCGUGCUGUCCGCGCCCGUGUGGGGCUUCUACGACGUGCUGUUCAAGGGCAAGAAGUUUGAGUUCCAGAGGCCCUACGGCAGCUACGUGAUGGAGAAUGUUCUCUUCAAGGUCUCGUAUCCAGCCGAGUUCCACUCGCAGACCGCCAUCGAGGCGUCCCAGAAGAUCUUCAACACCCUCAAGGCCCAGGGCAAGUCCGCCGCCGACAUCAAGGCCAUCACGAACCGGACCCACGAGGCCUGCGUGCGCAUCAUCGACAAGCAAUUCAAGCCCAUGGACAACUUCGCCGACCGCGACCACUGCGUGCAGUACAUGUGCGCCGUCAUGCUCGUCUUUGGCCGCCUGCAGGCCACCGACUACACCGACGGCAGCGAGGCCGCCACAUCCCCCCUGGUCGAGUCCCUGCGCCAGAAGAUCAAGUGCGUCGAGGACCCGGCCUUUACCAAGGACUACCAUGACCCGGCGCUGCGCACCAUCAGCAACGCCCUGACUGUCGAGCUGAACGACGGCACCGUGCUGGAGGAGGUCGUCGUCGAGGCCCCGCUCGGCCACAGGCUGCGCCGUGAGGAGGCCAAGCCCGAGAUCAUGGCCAAGUUCAAGAGGCACCUGGAGCCUCACUACAGCGCCGACAAGGUGAAGCAGCUGGUGGACCUGGGCGCCGACAGGCAGAAACUUGAGGGCUUGGCGGUCGACGAGUACGUUGACCUGUACGUGGUCGACAAGAGCGAGUUCCUGUAAAAGCCCUUGGCGAAUGAUGUGAAUGAGAAUCAACAAACCCCCCCCCCCCCCCCAAACAGGAGUCUGUAUUGUAUGUAGACUUGGAGCAGACAAAACAAGAUGAGGAAAAAGGUGUGAUCAAUGAUAGACUAUAGUGUCAGAAGACUGUUCAAAAAGAUUAAAACUUUAUCUGCGCGAGGUCAUGCAUAUAUACUGAACUAUACCAGCUGGAUCAAGAACAAUAAAAUGGAAAGAACCCCUCAUCAUUCGGAAAUUAUCGAAAUAUGCCAAAGAAGACGCCAUCCAACGCCCAUCAUGAAAUCCCUAUAUAAAAAAACCGAAAUGUAUGCCCUACGCAUGAGUAAUACACAUGGCUCUCUCUCUUCUCUUCCCAUCACGGGUACGGCCUUACUCGUCAGCAACAGUGCCCAAUCAGGAGAAUACUCAUCUCGUCUCCUCUAAAAGAUGGAAUUGACAAUGUUGCUGCCAAUACUGGCGCCAGCGCCAAAGAUGGCUGCGUUCCCCAGCUUCUUGCCAAACUUCUUGCCCAUCUCUCCAGCCUUUCCGCCUCCUUGACCCUGCUGCUGCUGCGGCUGUUCGGCCACCGCCAUCGGCGGCACCGAGCUGUUGUACGGGUUCUGCUGCUGUGGGCCGGGCGGCGGCGGGUAUCCACCAUACUGCGGCUGCUGGGGACCAGUGUAGGCGUGCUGCUGCUGCUGGCCCCGGUAGUAGGACACGCCGCCCGCCUUCUCGCCGAUGCCACCCUUGUUGCCAUGGUCAGGCACCACCUCGACAUAGGUCCGCGGGAAGAUGCCCUCCUGCAGGGUGCGCUCGUUGCGGCCCAUCCACCAGUCGGCGUUCAUGUACUCGUAGACGGCAACUUGGUCGUUGCGGUCGAGAGACACGUCGCGGCCGUCGGUCGCGGCAUAGUGGUAGAGUGCGCGUGCCCGGGCAAUGACGGGCUUGCUCGGAGGCGGGGCCGGGGGUCCGCUUUCUCCGUUCUUGUUGCGGUUGGGGAGGGCGGGCGGUUGC